CGACUCGGACUUGCACCAGGACGCGUUCUACCCAGGCUGCCAAUAAUUCUAAAUUCUAGGUGGUAAACAUAUGCGUAUGCUACUAUCAGGCUCAUCAUCAUCUCUAAAGAAUUGAAUACUAUUUACUUCUUCACGCCGACUAACAUCAACGCAACAAUCGCCAAACUGUUACCUGAGCUUAGUACAUUGUACACGGAGUCCGUUCGGUCACCAUCUAAUUCGGGAAGAUGCCAGAUGAGCUGUUGGUAGAAUGCUCUAUCCACCUGGAUAGUGUUUCCCUGAAAGAUGUGCGAUUAUUCAAAUGCGGACAUGGCUUCUGCAACACAUGCAUCGAAAAUCUUUUCCAAACCGGACCUCCGCCUUUCAAAUGUCCCACUUGUCGCAAGCGCGUCCAGCGCAAGGACGCGUUUCAAAUAUUUUUAAAUCCUCAUCGAUCGCUCACACAAUUUAACACACAAUCCGCCAUUGGAGAUUCGGAUCCGCGUGAAAAUGCGGCGGAACAACAACACUUGAAUAAACGUUUGGAACGGCUGCAACGGAAUUUGGAACGGCUGCAACGGAAAUUGGUGAGCGCGAACGAGGAGCGUGAUGAGUUGGACGAUCAACAUCAGGAGCUGCAAAGGAACUAUGACUUUCUCCAGGCGCAGCAUGCAGACCUCAAGAGUACCUCUACAGCUCAUGAGAAUGAGCGCCGCAAAGCCGAGCGUUCAUUUGCCGUGCUGCAAAAGAAGUACGAAGUCGCUGAGAGUGAUGAGCAGAUGUGGAAGGAGAAAUGCAAGACGGCGCAAAGAGAUGCGCGAGAUGCACGAAAGGAGAAAGAAGAACUAAGCAAAGGAAUGAAAGAGUUAGCAGAGAGGACAAGGGAAUUCGAGCAUCGUGCGCACAGAAACAAAGUGGCAUACGACAAAUACAAAGGGAAGUACGAGGCUCUGAAGGAAGAGAACGCGCGUCUUCAAAAAAUCCAACACAUCGCAGAGAAUCCAGAAGAACAGUCGCUCUUGGUUGUCGAUAGAAACGCCCCUGACAGGUUUGAGCGUGCAGGUGACGAGGACUGGUUGGACGAUGUGUGUGAGGUUCGAGGAGACAAUCUUGACGAUGUCGACAGCGAUUAUGGAAAUGAAUCGAGCAAGGAGAAUGAAGAUGAAUGGGAGGAACACCAGCCAGGGCCCAGUCAUGGUGUUGCAUGGCUCCGGGACAGGCGAGCAACGGAAAGCGUGGACGACCGCGAACGACCACUUCCAGAAGAUCGCCCGUACCGCCCAGCAGUUAGUUUCAUUUCUGAUUGGAACCUCAAAAGGGACGGCACUGGGCAGAACAAAGUUGCUAAGACGAAUAAGCGGAAGAAUGAGGAGGACGCCGUCUUGGGAGCGCGAUCGUCCAAGGUAGUAAAAAUCUCCUUGCAACCUUCCAAACCGACGAAGGGAAAGGGAAGGGCUACUGAAGAAAGAGGUGAUGCAAGACCGCUCUCGUCUUCCACGCAGAUGCCAGGUUCUCUGCUGAGAAGAGCCCCUGCAUCCAAGUCCAAGACUGACUUGCCAAUAAAGCUGGAUGCAAUGGGUCGUUUGAUGGGCGUUGCGGUACUAGGGUCAAGACGUAAAUUUGACAAAAAUUCAUGAGUUCAUCAAGGAUGCUCGGACUACGAUGUAGAUGAACGUUUGUACUAUCAUAACU